CAAAAGGAUCCUCUUCUAUUUAUCGCUCAAUAUCUGAACAAUCAUGGCAUGCGAGUUGUUGAUCUAUUCAGAAUAAUGGACAAGUCCAAUUCGGGCGAACUCACCCGGGCCGAGUUCACAGCAAGUCUUCUGAAAUUUCGUAUUUCUUUGUCUGCUGAUGAGAUGAGACAGGUGGCCGACUAUGUUGACAACGAGCACACUGACAGGAUUAACUAUCAGAUGCUGUCAAGACGCCUGCGCUCUUAUCGGAUCGAACUUCGCGAUCAGAUUCGUACUCGUCAUCAGGAGUUUCGCAAGGAGCAGAUCGACCAGAUGCGUAUCCGCGUGAGCCAGCCGCACAAGAUCGAGCCGGCUCCACCCGCACAAAUGCAUCAAUGGAAGAAAGUGAAGCAGGUGGGUUUCAGGGAAGAAGCGAAGCGUCAAAAUGUAUGCAAGUUUGGUCGGCCUACUUGCAACCGAUGUCGACAUUUUGCUCUGAACCAUUUGGACCUUCAGCACUCUCAAGCUAUCAUCCGGUGCAUAGGCUCGAUCGGAUUCGUGUCAAUACUCUUCAUGCUACCAAAGCCGUCAUUAAUCGCACCAAUUUUCAUCAUUGAGGCUGAAAUCCUCCGCCUUCCAGUACGAAAACCGCGAGUUCGAAUCCACGCCCGAGGAGGCCGAUGUACGCCAGGCCGGCCGGAAAGAGGAGUCGAGUUGAGAAAAGAAAAGGGAUAA